CUUUUUUGACAGUUCAGUAACCCAACCUAAACAAUGGCGUCUGAGGGGGACGAAAUAAUUUCUGAUCAAGAAAAAGUGCGAAUAGUUUCCGAUUUUAUAAUACAUUCGCCGCCCGGCGAGUUUAACGAGGUAUUUAAUGAUGUUAGAAAAUUGCUGGACAACGACGACCUGCUCAAAGAGGGGGCCAGCGGGGCAUUCGCCCAAUACAACAAGGACCAACUGACCCCCGUCCGAAUAGAGAAUUCUGAUCAUUGGGUACUGAUUACUGAAUACAACGAUUUAGGAAAUAAUAGGUUUUUUGAUCCCCGCUCCAAACAAAGUUUCCGUUAUGACCACCUCAGAAAAGAAGCGUCCGACUACCAAUCCUACAGCCCGGAUACAACAGCCGAACCGUGGCGGUCUGCCCUCGACACAGAAUUUAUUCAAUACACAAGAAAUCACUAUAAAGAUGGUGUAUGCAGCGUUAUAGGGCGCAGCCAAGGGGGCGUGGUCAGUUUGACAGCAUGUAUCGAGGACCAUCAGUUUCAACCCAAAAAUUUCUGGAAUGGUAGAUGGCGUAGUCAAUGGUUCAUAACCCUAAACGGUACCUCAGGUGCCGAACUACGAGGUGUCCUCAAAGUACAAGUCCACUACUAUGAAGAAGGUAACGUGCAACUGGUCAGCACCAAGGAAACAAAAGACACAGUCAGCAUUACCACUGAAGCACAAACUGUUAAAGAUAUUGUUCAGGCAAUAGAGGCUGCGGAAAAUCUUUAUCAAACUGCUAUUUCGGAGAAUUACCAUACAAUGUCUGAUACGACUUUUAAAGCUCUUAGAAGAUUAUUGCCAGUCACACGUACAAAAAUCGACUGGAACAAAAUUGUUUCCUACAGCAUCGGAAAGGAACUGAAAACUCAAUGAUCGGAUAUUGAAAAUUAAGUCAAAAGUUUAGGUUGUUUUUUUAUGACAAUUUGGGAUUAUACCUUGUGCCCGUGGUAAUUCUUGUAGGGACAAUCUAAUAUCACUUAGAAUAGAUUUCUUGAAGAAUUUUCCCACCUAGGGCACACUGUAUAAUAUUACCCUCUUCUACCAGAAAAACUAAUACUACAUUUUAAAAAAAAGUCUACUUAUUUCCUUUUCCAAUUCUUUAUAUGCCAAGUAUUAUGAAAGGAAAUAUUUAUGUCUAUACAUAUACAGAGUAUAUUUGGUUUGCAGUGAAGCUAAAUUAAAAUAGAUUUAGAGAAAAAAAUGGUGCGCUUAUGUAUAUAAUUUUAAAAAUGAGGCGUCCCGCAUUUCUGUGUAAGAACCAAUAAGUGAAGGUUGUAUUUUUCCUUUGUGGACGCCCAAUGUUUUAUCUUUUUAUCUCAUUCCUAAUAAUACUAAUCCCAUUUUUUUCUUUUAAGAUACUGGACAUUAAAUGUUCAACGUAAAAAUGUAUAUAUGGGGUAAUGAAAAUUAAAAAUGCUUCCUAUUUUCUAAAUUUGAUUUUGUGGCGCCCUGUAAAUUAAUUCGAAUUAGAUACAAACUUCAAUGCGAAUGUAUAUCUAAUUUGAAGUUGCUUAGGAAAUUUAGCUCUAAAGUCAAUUCUUUAUUGAAAAAAGCCUUAAAAGUGCUACUUUCUCGUGCAAUAUUUGGAUUAAUAAAAACAAAAUCAAAUCCUGUUGCUUUUGUAGUACUUUCGAGGCAAAACUAAAUGCAUUUUUGUUAAGCUUUUGUUUUUCUUCACUACUGAACUAACAUUAAGAAAAAAAAUAAUAUUUUAUGAAAUGCUAUUUGCAUUAUUGACUUCUUUUUUUUAUAUUGUAUAAUUUUUUUAUUAUUAUUUUAUAUAAUUAUUGCAUAAAUAGUAUUAUUCUUUAGUUUUUAUCCUUUGUUACUUUUAAAUGUUGUCAAGAAGUACUUGUUUUUUUUUUUAAUUAGCAGUUGAAAUAUUAACUGCAGGUUUGGAAAAAAAAAGGUCUUUAUUAUAGGGAAUUCUUAAACCUUUGAGGGUCAGUUUCUUUAUCAAUGGCUUAGGUUUAAUUGUUUAUAGUCAUUUAGAAGUUUGAUUUAUGCCCACUUUCUAGCAUUUUUUAUUAAAAUUAGCUACAUAGUUUUCAUAUUUCUGAUGCAUUUGUCUCAGAUCUAUAAAAGAUAUUGAACUGUAAGAGAAGAGAAGAACCACCUGGAUUGGAAUGGUUAUGAAAGUUAUGAUACAGAAACUGGCCUUAUGUGGUUUUUAUUAACUUGGGGUUGGAUAGUUUUGCGAUACCCCUUUUUUUGGAACCACACAACGCUGCCCUUUUUUAAAUAUAUUUAAAAUAAUUUAUAUUCUUGUUAGAAUCAACGUUGUAUGGGUUAUUUUUAAAAUAAAAAGAUUAAGUAACAACUUAA